GAAAUUUGGAGAGAGAGGGAGGGAGAGAGGGGGAGGGAGAGGGGUAAAGAGGACAUGUUGUUUGGGGUUGAAUUUGUGAGAAGAGAGGGAAUGGAGAACAACAGGGGAAACUGGUUUUGAUCCAAAAACAAAGGGGAGAGCCUUUUUCUUCCUCUCCCUGGUUUGAUUGCCCCCAAACCGUCCCCUUUCACAUCAUCAAUUCAACUUUUUGAUUUUGAUUUUUAAAUACAUCAUUCAUGGGCAUUGCUUUUGAAUAAUUUUUUGAAAAAAAUCAAAACCAAAAGGAAAUAAAAAGGGGCAAAAAAUUAAAAAACAUCAAUGGGUGAGAUCAAGAAUCAUAAUUCGGGUCCUUCCUCUGAAGAAGGCACAGACCCUCCCAAAUCCAAGAGGCUCUAUCAAGUUUGGAAGGGCCGCAAUAAAUUUUUGUGCGGUGGAAGAUUGAUCUUUGGUCCUGAUGGGGCAUCACUAUUUUUAUCUACAUUCCUAAUAGGGGCACCGGCAAUGACAUUCUGCAUAAAAAUGCUUAUGGGGAUUAGAGAAACCGAACCUUUAUAUGGGCAUACUGUACUGCUAGUGGGAUUUAUACUAACAGUCUUGAAUUUGAUUUUCCUAUUUAUGACAUCUGGAAGAAAUCCUGGAAUAGUACCAAGGAACUCGCGGCCACCUGAAUUGGAUGACUCGUUGGAUCUCAAUACCCCAUCCAUGGAAUGGGUCAACAGUGCAACCCCUCAUUUGAAAUUACCCCGAACAAAGGAUAUACUUAUCAACGGUCACAUAGUUAAAGUGAAGUAUUGUGACACUUGUUUGCUAUAUCGUCCACCACGUGCUUCUCAUUGCUCCAUUUGCAACAACUGUGUAGAGAGGUUUGAUCAUCAUUGUCCGUGGGUGGGUCAGUGUAUUGGAAUACGAAAUUAUCGAUUCUUCAUCCUGUUUAUUUCUUCAUCAACCUUGUUGUGCAUAUAUGUCUUCACGUUUUCAUUGAUAAAUAUCAUGCGACCGAAGAACAACUUAUUGAAUAAUAUGUCAGGAGAUAUCGUAUCAGUUGCUCUAAUAGUUUAUUGCUUCAUAGCCGUCUGGUUUGUUGGUGGGCUCACUGUUUUUCAUUUUUAUCUGAUUUGCACGAACCAGACAACUUAUGAGAACUUUCGUUAUCGCUAUGACAAGAAGGAAAACCCAUUUAACAACGGGAUAGUGAAGAAUCUUAAAGAAAUCUUCCUCUCUAAGACCCCUCCUUCAGCAAUCAAUUUCAGAGAAUGGGUAGUGGAAGAAGCUGAUCCAAUUAUGGAAUCCAUAAAUCAAAAGUUUGGCAGAGGAAUGAUUAGCUCAAAAGAUAAAUUAGAUAUAGAAAUGGGAGGUGUGCUUAGCAAGGAUGGUGGUAUUCUUAUUCCAAAUAUUUUGCAAAAUUUGGAUUAUGCUGGGAUCGAUGAUAAUUUGAAGAAGGAAGGAGGGGAUAAUGCAUUUGAUCCGUUGUUCUCUCCUACUAAGGAAGAACAUAGACACUCACAGUGGAGCCCCAAUAACCGCUAUAGUACAAGUGUAGAUGAAAGGAGUGAGGAUGGUAGCUCCCAUUGAACUUCAUCACCAAUUCCUUAAGAUUUAAAAGGUGUCUCUAACUUGCCAAAGUUUAGACUAGUGCAUUCACAUUUGAAGGCAGUGUUUUGAUUGCAAAAAUGUAGAAAUGGAAGAUGCAGACUUAAAUCGAAUAUUGUGUGUGAAACUCAACUCAACUCAUCUAUCCUCAUUUACGGAGGAGAAGAAAAGAAAUUAAUUAAUUAAUUUUUUUUUUUGAAAAAGAGGAAAGAGCAGAAAUUGUAAUUUUGUAUUGUGUCAUGGUUGAUGAUAAUGAUGCAUAAUAAUGCAGGAAAUGCCACAAACUAAUGGUGCCAUCUUGUAAAGUUCUUGAUGCCUGCAUUUUCAUUCUAUUUUUGGGUUGCUU